UUAACGAUUAUCAAAAUUCAAAAAGAAAACAUUCAAUUAUUAACUACUCAUCAGUUGUAACAGAAUAUGAUUAAAAAAAGAAAGGGAAAAAGAAUGCUAUAAUAAUUCGCCAGACAGAUGGCUUUGAAUCAUUACGUAAAUGGCAUCAAUGUUAAAUGUGUUGAAGCUAACAAUGAUUAAAGAGGCAACGUUUGUCGACUAAGCGAUACAUUAAAUAAAUAAACUGCCGCGAUCGAGUGCGAUCGCGGCCAAGCAUUAGUGUGCCUGUCGAAUUCAGUCUGACAAUAUCGUUUAAAAGUGGAACAUGGCUAACCUGGUAGCCGCAGAUUAUGCGGUAAUCGUAAUAACGAUGAUCAUUAGUUCAGGAAUCGGUGUAUAUUACUGGCUUAGCGGGGGAAAACAGAAAUCAAUGGAGGAAUAUUUCAUGGCAGACAGAUCGAUGCAAAUAUUACCGGUCGCGAUAGGCUUAACGGUUUCGUAUUUAUCCGCGGUCAGUUUGCUAGGAGUGAGUUCAGAAAAUUACGUUUAUGGUACCCAAUACGCAGUGAUCAAUAUUUCCUAUGGACUUGCUACACCGUUCGUUGUUUACUUGUACAUGCCGGUGUUCUUCAAGAUUGGAAAAGCCAGCGCCUUCGAGUACUUGUACAAACGUUUCGGAAAAGCGGCAAGAAUGGCAGGAAGCUUCGCUUUCACACUUCAACUGCUUCUGUACAGCGGUGUAGUACUGUACGCGCCGGCACUUGCCCUGGAAGCAACCACAGGUAUCUCGACGACCGCAAGUAUAAUCGGCAUAGGAUUGGUCUGCACGUUUUAUUCGACCAUCGGCGGUAUCAAGGCGGUCCUCAUUACAGAUGUAUUUCAGAGUCUGUUGAUGCUGAUAGCUAUUAUCUUGGUAAUCAUCACCGCAGCCAUAAACGUCGGAGUUGACAAAAUUUGGGAGAUUGCUCGACAAGGAUCACGGAUAGAAUUUGACAGCAUUUCAAUGGACCCAACUGUGCGACACACCUGGUGGAGCUUGACAUUUGGCGGUUUCUUCACCUACCUCUCCUUGUACGGAACCAACCAAGUUCAAGUUCAGAGAAUGUUAACCAUCAAAAACGUGAAACACGCGCAAUCUGCCAUUUGGAUAAGCUGGCCAUUAUCCUCCCUCAUGUCCUUGGGCCUCUGUUUCACUGGAUUGGCGAUAUAUACCCAGUAUCGUAACUGCGACCCCCUCGAGAGCGGAAGGAUCGGAUCCUACGAUCAAUUAAUGCCGCUUUACGUGAUGGACAUGCUUUCCGCGUAUCCAGGUGUGCCCGGCCUUUUUAUAGCAGGCAUCUUCAGCGCUGGACUUAGCACCAUCUCUGCCACGGUGAAUUCCUUGGCCGCCGUUAUACUGGAAGAUUUUAUCAAGCCUAUAUGUCGUUUUUGGAAUAAAGAGAUUACCGCAACGGGAUUAAUUAUCAUCAGCAAGAUUCUGGCCAUUAUAGUCGGUAUUAGUUGCAUAGGAUUAGCAUUUAUGGCACAUUUUCUUGGUGGGCUUCUUCAGGCAGCUCUGACGAUUUUCGGUGUGGUGGGCGGUCCUGUGUUCGGCAUGUUCACUUUAGGCAUGUUUACAAGAUUGGGAAAUCAGAGAGGAGCGAUCGUCGGUCUACUAACUAGCCUCGUUUUCUGCCUGUGGAUCGGUUUCGGUCAGCCAAAGCCACCAAUCCCGAACAAGGUGGAUGUCACGUCUAACUGUAGCAAUGCCACGCAUUAUGAUUACGAGGAAUCGUCGAAUUUGCAUUUUGAAUACCAGCAAAGUAACAAUGACUCAUACUUCUACUUGUAUCGCAUUUCAUAUAUGUGGUACUGUCCCUUAGGAAGUGUCUUAUGUUUCGGAAUAGGUUGGAUUUUCAGUUGGAUUUCAAACUUAAUUCUAAAUGAAGAACCACAGGAUAUAGAUCCUGAUCUCUUCAUGCCGAUUUUGGCAUCAAAAUUACACAAAGAACGAUUAAGAAAUUCAAACGAAUAUCACAGCACGACGCGCCACUCGAAGAAUUCUCGUAAUUGGCCUUAACCUAAAAACAAGCGGAGCAGAGUCCAAAUCCGUUGAACAAGACACGUGUCGCGUAAACCAGUCAGAACGACGUUUACACACUGAGCAAUUCUGUCAUUAAAAUAAAAAAAAUAAUAAGAAAAAAAGAGGAAAAAAUUGUAAUCGAAGAUCUCUCGAAAAAUACGAUUCGACAAAAUCGUGGCCGAUAUUACGCGUAAGUAACUUGCUUUCCUUUCGGAAUUCCGAUUAUCGUCACGAGACGGCCAACCUCUUCUCCUCCUCUGCAACGAGGAGCAGACGUAAACACCGCGCGAACCACGGGUGUGCUGAACGUUUACCGAAACGUUCGCAAAUCACGAUGGAAUGCCGUCAGACUGGUGUUCCCGUGCGCGGCACACGGUGACAUACAGAACGAAGCAACGACCCGUGCACUGUGCAGCGCUUACGUAAGGAAAUAACGCGGUACGGAGAGACCGAGUGGACCACCUCGAGCUUUGUUUCGACUACUAAAGCCGCGUAUUCACCGGUCACGUAGAAUGCUUACAAAUGUUUGUGAGCUUUUUGAAAUGUUAAUAGCAGGCAAUCCGUGACAAACAUUUGUCAAGCACUUCCACUAAACAAAUGUUAGCAAACAAGGGCUUGUUUAUGAGCACUUGUCGUUGAUGCAUUGAUAGGGCCAGUUCUUAAAGACAGUAGUCAUUCGUUUACGUUAAACGUGUACGAAUCGACAUGGAAACACUUCGUAAAUGUUAGCGUAUGGUUUACUAAUGAUUAAAAUUUUGCACGUUUUUAUUGAUCAAUCGAGAGAUUCGUGAAUAUGAAUAGAUACGCAGUUAAACAAAUUGAGCCUGUCAUUGUUUUGAAUAUUUGCGGAAUUCGAAUUUCGUUGAACUUUUGUUAAAAUCUUUAUGGUCGCCGUCAUCCAUGUUGAGCAACCACUACUGUCUUUCAUCCAACCGUGUAAUUACAUUGCACAAUUCGCGCAUCUCUCAUAUGCUUUGCUUGUUCACCACUAAUUUAACGUGGAACAUUGAGAGAAUUAUGUAAGAAUAGUGAACUAUAUAGAUGAUUUUGAAGUGGAAAGUUACACAAAAUAAUGAGAAUAUUGUAAAUGAUUAUUAAUUAUAAAUUAUUGAAUUAAAAAAUAUUACAUAUAUGAUAACAUGUAUGAUAUA